AGCAGCGAUGGGCCGCAAGCUGGACCUGUCGGGCCUCACGGACGACGAGGCCGAGCACGUCCUCAAAGUGGUCCAGAGGGACAUGAAGCUGCGGAAGAAGGAGGAGGAGAGGCUGAGUGAGAUGAAGCAGGAGCUGGCGGAGGAAGGUAGCAGAUGCUCCAUCCUCUCCAAGCAGCACCGCUUCAACGAGCACUGCUGCAUCCGCUGCUGCGCGCCCUUCACCUUCCUGCUCAACCCCAAGCGCCAGUGCCUGGACUGCCAGUACAACGUCUGCAAGACCUGCUGCACCUACAGCAAGAGGGACAAAGCCUGGCUCUGCGCCGCGUGCCAGAAGGGCAGGGUUUUGAGGACACAGUCGCUCGAAUGGUAUUACAACAAUGUGAAGAGUCGCUUCAAGAGGUUCGGCAGCGCCAAAGUUUUGAAGACUCUUUACAGAAAGCACAUCAUCGAGAGAGGAGCACUGUCUGAUCUUCCAGAUAGCAGCAUUCACGAAGGGAGCAACGACAACGAUGGCAGCAUCUGCGGCAGCGACUCGGUCUUUUACAAACAGAGCGAAGGGCACAGCAUGGCAGAGACGCUCACAGUCGCCCUGCGUGUCGCCGAGGAAGCUAUAGAAGAGGCAAUCGCGAAAGCAGAGGAGUUCAGUGACAGCUUGGAGAAGCAGAAUGAGGCUCGGUAUCUGCGGGACCACAAGGAAGAGCUCAUAGAGGAACUUGCAACAACAAUCGUACAAAAAAUCAUUCAGAGGAGGAAGCGUUCAGAGAUGCAGACAGAGUAUGACUUUGUCUGGCCUCAGCCUCAGUCUCUGAUCCAGCCCGGUGAGCUCCCCUCUCCGUCUCAGCCCCACGCUUCCUCACAAGGACCACAGGACCCCAACAAGACCUCCUACUCCCUCUGGAGGUCACGCUCAGCAUUCUCCCUCACUAGCGACGACUCCCCAGAGAAGGGUCCAGAGGAGGAGGGUGCGGGUGCAGGUGGUGGUGGUGGUGGUGGUGGUGAAGGGGGUGGUGGUGGUGCUGACCUGCAGGAGUACGCCUCUCUGAAGAGGGACGCCAAGGCCACGUCCUUACCCAGCUGGAAGAGCAUGGACCGGCUGGAUAAUUCCAGUGCGUCCUCGGUGCUUCAGAGCCCAGACGGGAACUGGAUCGCCCUCCACAGUUCCCAGCUGUCCCGGCCCAGCUUGCUGACCCAGAGGAAGAGCCUGGUGUUCAGCGUGCUGGAGAAGGAGUCCGGCGUCGUCUCCGCCUACGACGAGAUGGGGUCCGACUCCGAGGAGGACGACGAGGGCGGCUGGGGCACGGCGCUGAGGCAGUUCCGCCGCAAGCUGUCCGACGAGACGUACUACACCGACUCGCAGCACGACCCCGAGUGGACGUACACCCAGCACCCCCCCGUCACGUCGCCGUCCUCCGGCCAGUACACCAACACCGAGACCCUCAACUCGGACUCGGAGGCGUCCUCCGUGCUGUCCGCCUGCCCCCGUAAACCGCCGCACAAUCUGCUGAGGAAGAAAGGACCGCCGGAUACGCAUCUGCACCCCCAUCACCAGCCGCUCUACCACCAACACCUUCAGAAGAACUUCACUCCGUACCCACUCCACCCAGACGCCCUGGAUGUGAAUUUCAACCCUAAGGUGAUGGGAGACAGCAGUGAGGCGGAGGAGAGACGGAACGACCCGGUCAGAAGAUCCAGGCGACGUCGGAAAAGCAAGAGAGAGACGUCGACAGAGCAGAGCAGGCUUCUUAACCAGAGCCAUGCACAGUCUAUUUACCCCAUAGUGCAGGAGAACAAUGGCUUUCUGCUCAACGCCCUGAUCAAGAGGACUUUAAGCGAGGAGCAGCCGGCUCCUGACAGCCUGCCAGCGGCCACAGCUGCACCGGACACUUUCAGAUUAGAUGCCAUGACACCUGAGCCAGAGGACUCGGACACAGUGGCGCCAAAUUCGCCGGCCCCCAGCCCCCCUCCGCCCCACUCGUUGGCUCCGGGCCUCCAGCUCUCGUCCCUCGGCCCGGGGCUGCCGCCUGGCUCCGUGGACCCCCUGGAAGAGGAGCUCCAGUCAAGGCUCAGUCAGCUGGUCAGCCAUGCCAACAGCAAAGACAGCAGCUCUUCUGAAGAGGAGAGCUCGAAGAGGCCGGUGGAGAAAGAACCCGACCGGCAGAAGGAGAAGUCCAGGCUAAAAGACGCCGAGAGAGAAAGGAAGCAGGCAAGUGACAAAUCAAGAGAAAAGGCAAGUGAAGCAGUGGAACCAGUGAACGGACAAGAGCUGAAACGAGGAGAGAGGCUAAAAGAAGACGGAAGAGUUCGGGAGAGGAGGCUGGAGAGAGGAGGAGGAGUUUGUCCAGAAGACAGAGCCGAGGACCGGGAUCAGAAGAGGGGCGGGAGAAGAGAGUCCACCCGACAAAGUAAGAGGCAACACCGAAGAGAUAUGGAGAAAGAAGGGGGACAAAAAGGAGGAGGAGGAGGAGGAGGAAGAAGAAGCGGAUCUAGUGCCAGCUCACCUGCUGUUACACCUUCAUCCCAGGAGGGGGUGCUGUCCAACAAUCAGGUGGAAUUUAAUGACUUCAACCAACAGCAGAGACUUCAGUUGCUCUCCUCUGUCUUGCACCAGAAGUACUCGGCGGCCUCGCUCUGCAGCAUCACCACGGAAGUGCUGAAGGUCUUGAACGCCACGGAGGAGCUGAUCGGCGAGGCCGGCGGUGAGAACUUCCCCCCUCCCGAGUCCGUGUGCGCUUCGCCGAUAUCCAGCAGCUCCGAGACUCACAAGCUGGAUCAGAGACUCACAAAGAUGGAGGAAAACGUGUACCUGGCUGCUGGAGCUGUGUACGGCCUGGAGGGCGCCCUGGGGGACCUGGAGGAGUGCGCCCGCAGCAUCAGCAGCGGGACGACGGACACGGAGCUGGCCUUCCUGGAGGAUCAGGUGGCGACUGCAGCCGCUCAGGUCCAGCAGUCGGAACUGCAGAUCUCGAACAUUGAAGCCAGGAUAUCUGCUCUGAAAACAGCCGGGUUAAAUGUGACCGUCUGCAACCGCUUCUCCAAGUUCAAGCCAAAGUCGAAGCCUCAAACCCUGGACUCAUCUCGCCAUCAGAGGAGGAAGCUCCCAGCGCCUCCACUCAAAGAAAAGCUGGAACCAGAGCAGCAGGUGAAAGUCUUUCGACCGUAGUGACAGUCAACAGCACAACAAGUCCCUCAGGGCUACUUCAGACCCCCCACCAGGGACAGGGGCCCCUCACGUCCAGUGCCUUGACCCAGCGUCUGCCUCCAACUCCAGGCCGAGCAGGGGCCGGCGGCUGUCCUGUGUCACCCACCCACCCGCCUCAUCUCUCGGUUGGAUGCCUCACAGAAAACAUGACUCCUUUCACCCGUUAAUCCUCGGUUACCCCCCCAACAUAUUAUUUAUCAUGCAAAGGUGACUCAGCAGCCAGUGUCUCUGCCUUAAAAUCUGCAAACACUCCUCGUGAUCAUAGUCAAAAAAAGAAUAUCUGUACAGACAAAGAGAAGCUCAUUUCCUUUUCCUAUUUGUUUGCAAAGAGUAUUGUGAUUAAAUGUACAAUGAAGCUGUGGAAAAACAUGUGAAACUCUCUGUGAUUCAGUGUCUGAAAAAGAGGCUGAGCCGUGUUUUGUACCGCAUCUUUCUUUCAUAUGAAAUGAAAUACGAGCAGAUUCAUGAUACUGCUGAACCCCUUCAGCACUGUUUUUUUUUUUCUCUCAUGAACAUAAG